ACCUAAUCACACUCCAAUUACACAGAUCACACUAGCUAGAAAGAUCAUAUAAAAAAAUGUCAGGAAUUAUUCACAAGAUCGAGGAGAAGCUCCACAUCGGAGGCCACAAGGAGGAGGAGAAGCACCACGACAAGGCGGAAGGCCACCACAGCGGCGAACACAAGGCGGAGCAAUGCGGCGGCGAGCACAAGGCGGAGCAUAAAGGCGAGCACAAGGAGGAGCACAAGGAAGGUUUGGUGGAGAAGAUCAAGGACAAGAUCCACGGCGAAGGAGGUGAGCACCACGACAAGGAGGAGAAGAAGAAGAAAAAGAAGGAGAAGAAGAAGCACGGCGAGCACGGCCACGGCCACGGCCACGACAGCAGCAGCAGCAGCGACAGCGAUUAGAUCCGCCGUUGAUGCACUUUCCCGGCGAUGGAGUUCUACUUCUGAUGAGAUGGUCGGAGUUUAUGAAAUAAUAAUUAAAUAAGUCAAAGUUGUGUGUAUUUGUUGCGUUGUUUAGUAAUUAUUACGCGUGUGUAUGGAUACAUGUGUGUAAUGUUUUCUCUUUUUAACAUCGAUUAAAUAAAAAUGCUUACCUGUAACUCUGUAA